AUGCAGAUUCUUGGGCCAUUCCAAAACCGCCUGUCGAUAAUCCGCGAUGAAAAAGAUGAUGGCCAAGGGGUCACAGCAAGGAAAAGCGCUCAUCAUCGGGUAGGCAAAGCUGUUCGUAUACCUGUAUUUUUUCCAGGUAAUAUCCAUCCCAAGGAUUCUUACCCUAUAGCUAGGGACCGCAAAGCCACGCCCCUUUUCGCGAUAGAAAAAGUGGCUUUUUUUUGGUUUUCAACUUUCAUUUUGUUGUAGUUGCAAAAUAUGUGGAACUGGCGAAUAAAAUUUGACACACAUGUACAGAAAAGCUUCCUCUUUCGUUUAAAAAAUAUUUCACGCUUUUUUGAUGCGUUCUCGCGGAAUGUCGUACAAAAACGUGAAUGGAACUAAAAAAUUUUGUCAGUUUUUUGCUUUUUCAUGUGUUUUUAGGUCGAACGCACUCUUUCUUUUUAAAUAAUGAUUUUUGAUUCAAGUAACGAAAAUUUUAAAACAAUAAAAUAAAAAAUUCGUCUUUGCCAAAAAUUUUAGGGAGCGCCGAAAGUCAUAAUUCAAAAUAUCGUUAAUAAGCGAAUAUAAUCAAGUUUUUUUGUUUUUUUAAAAAUUUAGAUCAUGGCCUUACUUAAAUUUUUUUCUUCACAGUAUCUGUGCUUGAAAUAGUUGUUUAAUACGCAAAAAAAUGCUCUUGAAACUAGAGAAUAAAAAUUAGCGGCGUUUAUCACACAGAAAGCGGCCGAACGCAGGUUUUUUAAACGAUUAUAUACAUUUAUUAGUGAAAAAUCUUUCAAUUAAAAAGAAUAAAAUAAAAAAAUUCGUCUUUGCCAAAAAAAUUUACGGGGCCGUUUUAAGGAAGCGAUCGUUAAACGAGGAAAAAAAGCACUAAAAAAACAGUUUUUUUCGAAGUGAAUUUUCACGGAAAGUUUGAGUAAAGAUUUGCGAACAUAUUCUGAUAAAAAAAUAGCUGAAUUACUUCAAGUUUUUUUAUUUUUUUGAAAUAGGCAAUCUGUGCUAUCUAAACGGCUCAAAGGGUAAGGCGGAUGGAAGCUCCCCUUGCUAGACCUAGCAGCUUGGCGCAGCGCGUGCGCUGCGAUUUUUUUCAUUUUGAGGUCGCGAGUUCGAUGCCCGCAAGCGUCAGUUUUUGUUUUUCUGGAAAAUACCGACUUUUUUUCGGCAAACUAGCUGAUGAGCAUCAUUUUAGCACUCUAUUAUGAUUUGUUACAUCAUAAUAGACCAGUAUCAAAAACUUGUUCUAGAAGAAAAAAAUCGAGAAAAAAAUGUCAAAAAAAUGGAUAAUACCAAAAUUUCAGUACUAAAAAAAUGGUGCGCGGCGCGCCACAUUUUUCGUCAUAACUUUUUUCAUCCUCAAUCUUUUUCGAAAAACUAAACGGUUCUGAGUUUUGAAUCGAAACAGCUAUCAAACCAUACAAAGCUCAAUGCUGAAAAAAAUUUUUUGAAAAUUGGUCUGCGGUCCCUACCUAUAGCUUGAAAGUCGAAGAACGGGGUGUACCAAACUAACGAACAGGGAAGGAAGCUCAGGAGUAUUGGAAUAGCCGCCUGGAUAAUUAAAGCCAGCAACAGUUGGGCGUGGACUUUUCGGGUGUAGAUACUCAAAGAACUAGUUUUCAGGGCAUGAAUAAUCUCAAUAAGUAUCGAUUGGGCUGGAAUUCUUUUUUUUGAACCAACUUUAAUUGUGAGGUAGGCGUAAAUAGACAUGAUCAGAACGCCGAUCAAGGAAGAACAUGACAGAAUCGAAUAGGAAAGAUUUCUUCUCCACGGGAAUGCUGCCUUCAAACUUCGAAUAAUUUCAGUUAUUUUCUCUUAGGACCGGUAGAGUGAUCCCUUAAGGGGUCAGAGGAAAAAACAGCCGCUAUAGGGAUCAAAAUAGGGAUACCUUUAGGGAUAUAGAGGUUGACCUAAGCACCUUAUGAAUGCUAAACUUACAUUAAAUGACAGGACGACGAAGCUAAGGCUUUCAAAGUCGACGAUAUGCUUAUCCAAGAAAUCUUCUUUCACGAAAUCUCUCAUCUCCUCGUCUGCCAAACACAAAAACGUGAUCAGCAGAAAGCAAGCUCCAUGAACUAGGAAAACCCAUAAGAAUACUACAAUCCCCGUUUUAUUGGAGUGAAGCUUCAGGAGUUGAGGCCUUGAAAUGAUUCAAUUAUUUUUUUAGUUUUUACAAAAAAUACUUCAGUAGGGCUAAGUAUCUAUAAAGAAAGUGUAGCACGAGAAGUCCCAGGCUAAAUCCAAUGUAAGCGCCUUUUAAUAAGAGAUAUGUCGUGCAAGUGGCUUUGUUCUGAACAUAGAAUAUUCGUGAUUUCACUGAAAAAUUGAAAACCUUUGAAAGAAGACCGCCUCUGACAAAAACGAAUAUACAGUACCGCUCAAAAAGUCUAUUAAGUUUUUGGUUUUUUUGGGGAUAUCUCAGCGAGUACUUAUCCGAUUUAUAUAUAACUUUCAGGGAUAAUGUAAAAAUAUACUUUGAAACGUAUACGGUAUACAAAGACAUGUCCGCAAUGACUGUGACCCGUUUUUAGGCAUUUUUUUAUUGAGUUCCAUUUUUGUUUUUUUAUGCUUUUUAUUUUUUUAUUUAUUUUUUUAUUAAAUUUUUUUAAAAUUAAUAAUGUUGCCAUAUGAUUUUUUUCAUGUUUUUCAGACAUGGGAAGAACCUCAGGAAAAAAAGAAUUUGACUGAUAACGACAAAAGAGCCAUCGUUGUGGGUCGUCAAAAUGGACUGACCAUGAUGACGUUGGCAGGAAUGUUCGGCGUGACAGAGGCGUGCAUUUCUCAGUCCCUAAAGCGUUGGAAAGCUCAAGAUGGCUCUACUAAGAGCCAACGCACUAGAAGACCACGUGUCACUGAUCGUAAUGACGAUAGGAACAUUUUUGAAGACGUCUAGAACCAAUCCAAGACUCACCGCCCCUGCGAUCAGACGGGAAGUUUUUCUCGAAUUCGCCAUCUCCGCCAUCCGUCUCGACCGUGAAACGACGUCACAAUGCUGCUGGAAUCAUGGGAAGACGUCCAGUGAAAAAACCGCUGAUUUCUGAAAAGAAUCGAGCCGCCAGGGUGAAGUGGGCGAAGGAGCAUCUCAACUGGACCCGUCAAGACUGGAAUCAGAUUCUGUGGUCCGACGAAAGCAAGUUCCUCCUCUUCGGGAGUGACGGAAUUCAGUGGGUUCGUAGACCAAUUGGGUCCCGAUAUCAUCCGAAAUACCAAUUACCCACCGUGAAACAUGGUGGAGGUUCUGCAUGGUGUGGGGCGCCUUCUCUGGAAGUGGCAUCGGACCGCUUCAUCGCGUGAACGGCAUCAUGGACAAGCACGUCUACAAAGACAUUCUCCAGAACCAGAUGUUGCCGCACUUGAGAGCCAUGGGCCGUGGGAGUGUUUAUCAACAGGAUAACGAUCCCAAGCACACUUCACUGUUCGUCAAGGUGAGAAAAAUUGACAAGUAAUUCGUAUGGUUUUUGAAACUCAGGACUGGUUCAAGAGCCGUCGGGUCAAUGUCAUGGGGUGGCCAAGUCAAUCUCCGGACCUGAACCCGAUCGAACAUCUCUGGGAAAAGUUGGAGCGACGUUGUGCCAACAAAAGAGCCAAGAAUUGCAACGAGAAGUUUGCUCAACAGCUGUCUGAAUGGAAUCAGAUCCCCAUGUCUACCAUCGACACUUUGCUCAAUUCUAUGCAGAGAAGAUGCCAGGCAGUGAUUGACGCCAGGGGCUUCGCAACCAAGUACUAG